AUGGCGGCGCCGACCACUUUGCCAGCCCUGCUGGCCUCUCUCACGCAGUCGCUCUCCCUCACCCAGGAAGCAACGCCCAAGAUCGCCGAGAUUGAGCACCCCAAGGACGGCAUUUCCCUGCUCGACGUAAAGAACGAGCUGCUACUCUCCUACCUCCAGAACCUCGUCUUCCUCAUCUUGCUCAAGCUGCGCAAUGCCAAGUCGGACGCCGGCAGCACCCAGCUGGACGAGUCCGUCCGCGCCAAACUCGUCGAGCUGCGUCUCUACCUCGAGAAGGGCGCGCGCCCGCUUGAGGAGAAGUUGCGGUUCUCCAUUGAGCGCUUCCUGCGGACGGCCCAGGACGCGCAGCGCGAUGAGCAAAUGAAUGGCAAGAAAAAGCCUGCCGGAGACAACUCGGACUCCGAGUCCGACGAAGACGAAGACGAAGAUGAGUCUGAUGAGGAGGAGGCGACGGCCGCCCCAAGCCGUCAGUCCAGCCACGCCCGCCGGCCAGGCAGAGCGGCCGCACCGAACCUCAACACUCUCGUGGACGACGUGACCGCCCGGCCGGCCGAGCGUAAUGACGACCCCUCGGGCAUCUACCGUCCACCCAAGCGCGACCGCGCCGUCAUGGAGACGACUCGCCCGCGCGAGAAGUCCGACGGCCGCCGGCCGCAGCGCUCCCACACCAUGGAAGAAUUCGUCAACUCGGAGCUGUCGGCCGCGCCCAUGGCCGAGCCCAGCAUCGGCACGACCAUCGUCCAGGGCGGGCGCAAGAUGAAGACGGCACAGGAGCGCAAGGACGAGGACGAGCGCCGCGAGUACGAGGAAACCAACCUCGUGCGUCUUCCCAAGCUCAGCAAGAAAGACCGCGCCAAGAAGAACAAGGAGGCUGGCCGCAGUGCCCGCAUGCAGUUUGGCGGCGAGGAGUGGCGCGACCUCGGCGAGGGUGUCGACCGCAUCGACCGCCUCACCAAGCGCAAGGGGCCUGCCGGCGGCAGCGUGCGCGCCCUGCUCGACAAGAGCCGCAAGCGUGGCUUCGACACGUCCGAUGGCCCGAGAGGCAGCGGCCACGGGCCGGAGAUUGGAGAGCGAUUCCAGAAAAAGGUCAAGGUUAUGGAGGGCGGGCGGCGGGACAGGGGAAAGCGAAGGUAG